ACAUGGUGUGGGCGCAUACAGGGAUAGCCGCGUUGAGAAAAAUAGUUUCACAUCGAAAAGGACAAAAGUUAUAGGCACGAAGAUGCUAUUUCUGAUAUAUGUUCUUGCUGUAACUGGGACAUGGCGCGUUGGUGUCAAUGGUUCUGCAAACAAAGAACAAUUUGUGUCUCAGUUUACGCCGCCAUUAUCUCUGGUCUUCUGUUCCGGGACGAAAUGCGCUGAUACUGAUAGAUCUGUUCAUCAGGAGCAACCUGUGUCCAAAUGUACGCCAAUUCAGCCGCUUGGUUUCUGUUCUGAAACAAAUAAGGAUAGUGCAGAUAACUCUGUUCUCCAGGAACCUGUCUUGAACGUUCCAGCUCGCAACACACCCGUCUCACCACGCUCGUCUUGGGAUAACGUUUGUGCGAAGAUAUGCAACUGGUGGAGUUGCACCACAUAUGUUUGUCACAAUGGUGUUUGCUGUACACCCGGGAGCCCGAAAAGCAAAUGUUGCCCAUAUAGCCAUCCAGUUUGUAUUGCAGACCGAUACUGUUGCAAAAAAGGUUACUCUAAAGUGUGUGGUGGAAAAACCUGCUGCAAGAAGAAUACGAAUUGUUGCGGAUCCAAUUGCUGUACCUAUCAUCAGACUUGCUGUGGAACAAACGCGUGUUGUAAUAGGGGUGACAAAUGCUGUAAAGAUAGUUUGGGUCAUAGAUCUUGUUGCGAUGAGAAGCACACGUUUUGUUGUGAACAAUUGGGCUGCAAAACACUUUGUCCCUCAAUAUUUGAUGCGGUGCCAUGUAAUGGGGACUUAAGUGCAAAUAUAGACAGUCAAAGUGAAACUUAUGAUUUUGUUAAAGCAGACAUAACUUCGGGUUCACCAAAGGUAUUAUACAGGUUGCUGCGUAAAACCGAAAUCCCCGCAAGAAUAGUGGCAAAGGAUGCGGGAAGUACAAAAAGGGUUCAGUCGCAUGUUCUUUGUGGAUCCAGAAAGAAAUACGUUUCCCAAUACAUUUCGACAACAACCGAUCUCCAAUGCGCCCUGAGGUGGUACCACACGAGUCUAAAUGGAGGGAUAGUAAAGAUAGAUGUAUCCAAGUUGCCGAAAACUGCCAGAAUCAUUGAUUUAACGGACCCUAAUAUACGCAAACGAGAUCUUACAAACCCUAAGGCCGACUAUUUUGCUGCACGUAUGAAUGAGGUUCUUGUGGCCUUGCCUAAAGGCGCAUCAAUGUCGGGAAAGAUUAUAUAUCCUCCAAGAUCCAAGGAUAAAGAAUAUGUCUGAGUUUUGUAAAAGUUUUCGACUUUCAUUUAUUAUAUAUACUGAAACUUUCACAAUUUUAACGUUUUCAUCAGUCGCUACAAAAGAUUUAUCAAUAAUGGCAAAACUAAUACGCGUAUUUACGGUGUAUUUCAUUCCAGUUUUAAAUGCAAUGUUCGGAGAGUAAAAUUCAAUUCGAAUAUUUGUUAUCACUUCGAUGUUGUUGAUUUUUUUCAUUGAAGUUCAAACACACCAUGACAAGAAACCAAAACUUUAUUGCGAGUGUACUGUCCAAGGUGCGUGCUUUUCAGUAUGUUGCAUGAUACGCAGAAUGGGUCAGGGAUGGUUAAAAUAUUAUGAGCAUAAUAUGGAGGGUUCAAACACAGUUAAUAAAUCUCAUUGGUUUAUGUGAAUUUUGUUCACGAAACUUGACACUGCUUCUGCCAUCUAUGAUCUUUAACAAUACCAAUGGAUUUACCUGAAUGAAAUUAACCAAACUUGUAAAAUUCAUUCUUUGUGUGAAUAAACUUGUGUACACUA